GCCCGGAUUAUGUCACCUCUUCUCUCUGCACCCCGCCCCCCCCCGGGGGCCACGCGCGUUGGUGGAGAACCGAGGGAGGUAUGGGUGGAAUUUCUCCAACCGCGGAGACCUCUGUGGCACCUUUGCAGAGAUUUUGUGGCUGGGGUCUAUGUGCUAGUGAAUGGCGACCCUCCCCCUCCCCCCCCACACACUCUGACACACACAUGCACAGCUGAGGCAGGCUCCUGUGUGAGCGGGUGGGUGGGGGUGUGCUGUCAGUACCUUCAGCACUGAAGCACUGGCUUCAUCAGAGUCAGGAUCUAGGGGAUGGGCCUCUUCCCCUGCAGGUGCCCACAUUUCCAAGGGAAGAUGAAUCUCCCCUCACACAUCCCAACCAAGAAGUUCUGCUCCCUGAAUCCCUUCCCUUAAUCCUUCCUGGAAGCUUUUCCUUGUUUCUAUGUCUGCAUUCAUUUCCUAUUGACAUUGCUCAUAACCAACAUCCCCACAAGUAUUGGCCUUGCAUUUUCAUGAUGCCGGGGGGGGGGGGUCCAGAGACCCCUGGGGUAACACAGGCUUCCAAUGGGGAAGGCUCACAGUGAAAUCUCCCUGGGUCAUCCUGAGCUAAGUGCUCCAAGACCUCUUGGGUACCAAGGAUGCUGAGGAGUAUUUGGACUGGUUCCAGAAGAAUGUAGGCUGGGCAGAGAGCUGAGAAGAGGUCAUGUGUGGAGUGAAGAGCUGCUUUCAGGAGAAAUACAGGGUGGAUAUCAAGAGAGGCCUUAGAGACUCUGCUACAAACUCUACUUGGUUGUGGGUGCCAAAAAGAAUACCAUGGAUUUUACACAUAAUCCGUUUCCUUUUUAAAAAAUCGCUGUAAGGUAGGUGUGAGAAUUUGAGUCUGCUUGAGGUUUCGUAGCUGAGCUGUGAUUUACACCUGGAGCUGAUGCUGCAGGAAUUCUAAGGCCCUUGACCCUGCUCGGGGAAGGGUUUAGCCAGAGUCCAUUUGGCCCCUCUGACUGCUAGUAUUGUAAUGUCACAGGCACUGAGGGUUGAUAGAACAGAAAUGGAGGCAGGCUCAGGCAACAGGCUAUCAUCCCAGAGUGAUGCGGUUCAACUGCCCUUGCAGAUCACACUGUCACCUAGGGCAGUCCUCCUCAAGCCUCAAGUCCUAAAGAGGGCUCUCAGCCCCUCCUCUCCCCUCAGUUCCUACUUGCCAGGGAAAGAGAUUCCACUCCUUGUCCUUCCAACUCUACCAAGGUUUUGAGGAAAGAAUUUGCAGGAGCCUGAGGUUGGAAGAGGCAAGGGGCAGGGAGUGGCUAUAAGAUGUUGACGUUGGCAGGUUAGAACUGUGGCAAGGAACUCUGUGGGAAUUGCCUAUGGGUUGACUGCAAAGCUGUCCUCACAUAGAACCUGAGAAGGGAGCCUCAGGACAAUGUCUAGGACCCCAAGAACCUGAGAAGGCUCGACUGAAGCAGAGUGAUGCAGUGACAUGUGACCCCCUCCAAACUCUGGUUCCUUGGCACUCAGAAAGGGUGUGCACUUCGCAGUUUAUAAAGAUCUUCCCAAACACUCACCAUGUUACCCCUGUCACUCAGUCAACAUGCUCACUCCUGGUGUUUGCUCCUUCCUCUGCAGCCUCUGGUGCAGUUCCCUUGCUAGUGUUCUGCCUUGUUUCCCUGGAGGUGCCUGCCUUCAGUGUUGCUAUCUAAUUUUUAAUUCCUAUCAAAAUGUUGUUUGGAUUUUGGGGAAAUGUAUGUAUAUGCACACACAGCAAGAUCAUGGGUGUUCUGCUCUGUCUCUGCCUGCUUCAUUCCCUUGAGAGUCUCUCACUGAAGCCAGAGCUAGGCUGGCAGCAAGCAACUCUCUGAGAUCCUCCAGUCUCAGCCCUCCAUAGCACUGUGGUUACAGGCACCAGUGUCACUGGCUUUUUAGGUGGCUUCUGGGGAUUCAGACUCAGGUAACCAUGCUCGCGCAGCAGGCAGUCUUACUGAGCCAUCUCCCCAGCCUGUUGAUUAAUUAUUCUAUUUUCCGCUGUUUGUUUUUGGAGGCACAAUCUCAUGCAGCCUAGACUAGACUCUACCUCAGUAUACGCUACAGGUGGGCCUUGAACUCUUGAUGUGUCUUUGCCUGAAUGCCACCACGUCCAGCUUUCAGGGUUACUUUUAGAAGAGAAAGAAAAGCCUUUGAUUCCACACUUCCUUCAGUGCAGGCCUCCUCUAUCCUCUCUUCUCAACACUUGGCCAUCCCUUUGCUCCGUCUGCUUUUGUUUUACACAGCUUUUCUGAAGCCAUUUUGACAUAGACAUCAAUGAUGUUCUCAGCUGCUAAAUUCAGGCCACGCUCCUCAACUCCAGUUUUACCUUUUGGAAUAUUUCUUUUCAACACUGGUAACUGCCCUUGUGUCCUUCCUUCCUUCUUCCCUUCCUUCCUUCCUCCUUCCCUCCCUUCCUUCCUUCCUUCCUCCCUCCCUCCCUCCCUCCCUCCCUCCCUCCCUCCCUCCCUCCCUCCCUCCCUCUUCCUUUGUUUUUUGAGAUGGAAUUUUACUUGGUUCUCAUCAUUGCAUCAAACUUCUGGACUCAAGCGACCCCCUCAGGUGGCUUAGGCUGCUCGCUGCUGCUCCUGCUGUCUUCCUGCCUAUCUUCCUUCUUGUCCUCCUCUUCUUCCUGAUAUAUAUUUGUACUAGGGAUUGAAUCUGGGAUCUUGGUAGGGACGUAGUCAACCACGAGCCUCAGGCUCACAAAGUUACUCAGGAUGGCCUUGAACUUGCAAUCCUUUUGCCUCCAAAUCCAGAGUAGCAAGGAUUCUGGUUAGUGCCUCUGUUUUGAAUCCCCCUCCCAUUUUGACUGUCAGGGCACAGCUUCUCUUGGACUUCUUGCUGCUCUCCCAGACUUCCUCCCAGACUUAUGGGGGCUCUACCGCCCUUGCUCCAUGCUAGGCCCACCCACGCCACUCUCGGAUGCUAACAAUCAGUCUUCCACCCUGGAUGAGGUAUCUUUGGUCUUCUCCCAGGCAAUCUCUGCCUGUCAUGUUAAUGAUGUCACACCCACACCAGCGCCCUAGCCUCUUCUCGCGUUCUCUCCACCUGAGCUCCAGCUGCAUAAGGAUUACAGGUCUUCCUGUAACCAUGCCCAGGCUUCCCUGUUGGCUCCAAGCCACAGGCCAGCCAACCUUCACUCUGCCAGUCUUUGUACCCCCAGAGUGGAGAUAGCAGGAGCUAGGGGAAGGCAAAAAAAAAAAAAAAAAAAAAAAAAUCUGAGGGCACAGAAUGCCAAGAGGCCUCUCCUUGGGGCGGUCGGUAUACCUGUCACCUGUGCAUCCUGCACUUAGGAGCUUUCUUAGGUAUUUGUGCCCAAGACUAGUGCAAGCCUACAUGUGGGCACAAACUGUCCUAAAGGAGGAGGGGUGGCAUCUGUGCUGUUCUCCAUAUCUGUGGGGAUGUGCAUGGAACGGAUUUCUACAACAGCAAUGACCAGCUUGCUAGUGAACUUACCCAGAGCCAGAUGUAUCGUGUGGCCAGGAGAAAUUGAAGGGUAUGUGUGUUGGCAGCCUCCCAGGUUUAGGGCAGCCUCCCAGGUUUGGGGCCUGACAGGAAGGACACAACAUUAGAAUUGAGCAUCACAGGAGAAGGAGGUUUGCAGAGCAUUCAAGGGGAUGCUACAUGGACCCAACUUUAAUAGGGAAGAAAGGUGCCCUGCUUGGUGUCUGAGGCUAUCAGGCCUGAAGAGCACUCUUCUUUCAUAAUUGGUAUUCUUUGAGCUUCAGGCCAGUGGCAGGGACUUGCCUGAUGUCCCUACCUACUGGCAUUAUACAGAUCCCUAGGGCAGGUGUUCCAAGGAGCUAACUUGAAACAAAAGAACCAGGAAGCAAAUUAGGCGGCUUUGAGCUCUAGUAAUCUGAGGCCUUGUUCCCCCUUCUGUGGGACAGCUUUGAAAGCACACCCAACAGAAUUGGCUCAACGAACUUCAUGGUCACCUGAACGGGGUCAAGGUCCAAAGGGGUGUGUGUAUGUGGAGAAAUGGCUAAUCCAAGAACUCUUCCUGGUGGUACUGCAUUCUUAGCAGGGUUCAGCAGGCAUGGCAUCCUCAGGGGUCACCAAUGGUUGCACAAGCCCCGCCCCUCCUUCACCCACCUGUGGGAAAAGCCAGGAGGAAGUAGCUGGCUGCUGGUGUUCUAGUGCUGCUGCGGCCCUGCCCCAGCCUCUGCCCGAUUCGGGACUGCUGUAAAGUACUGAUCUCAGAGAGUGGGCCACUCUGGGGCCAGGCCCCCAUGAGGCCAAGUUAGGAAAACCUCUGGGAAAGCCCUCUUGCUACCUGCUGCAGCUAUAGCCCGUGUGCGUUGGUCUGCAGAACCAUGACUGCUCCCACCCGCGACCUUGGCGCAGGCCGCAGCGGCAGCUCCGCCCAUACAACUCCAAGACCCGGGUUCUUUCGUUCGCCUGCCGUCUCUGCGGCAGCACGGUUUUUUAAUUCCUCCCAUUUCACAGAGGAGAAAGCUGUAGUACGGGAUGGCUUGGUUGGCUAGUCCAAAGUCGCGCAGCUGCUUAGGGCCGAGCCUGGAUUUCGAGAAAGAGCCAUAUGGCCCCUGCAGACCUGGCCUCGGAGGGUCCCAAGCUUGAGGACCCGCCGGCCCCCCACCUCUUUGGAAAGUGCCCUUCUGGCUUAAUCAUGGCGAAGCUGGAGACGUUACCUGUGCGCGCUGAUCCAGGGAGGGAUCCUCUCCUGGCCUUUGCCCCCCGGCCUUCUGAGCUUGGACCCCCAGAUCCCCGCCUGACUAUGGGCAGUGUGGGUAGUGGGGUGACCCAUGCUCAGGAGUUUCCUAUGAAAAGCGUGGGCACUCGAACAGGGGGUGGGGGCAACCAAGGCAGUUUCCCUGGUCCAAGAAGCGGUGGUAGCGGGGCCAACAGGGAGAGACCUGGUCGCUACCCAUCAGAGGACAAGGUUCUCGCCAACUCUCUCUACCUCAAUGGCGAGCUGCGGGGCAGUGACCACACAGAUGUCUGUGGUAAUGUGGUGGGCAGCAGUGGGGGCAGCAGCAGCAGUGGGGGCAGCGACAAGGCUCCACCCCAGUAUCGCGAACCCAAUCACCCACCCAAGCUCCUGACCACCUCUGGCAAGCUAGACCAGUGCUCGGAGCCACUAGUUCGGCCAUCAGCCUUCAAGCCUGUUGUACCCAAGAACUUUCAUUCCAUGCAGAACUUGUGUCCUCCACAGACCAAUGGGACCCCUGAGGGACGACAGGGCCCCGCGGGCCUCAAAGGCGGACUGGACAAGUCUCGGACCAUGACCCCAGCUGGUGGGAGUGGGGGCGGCCUCUCAGACUCAGGCCGGAACUCACUCACAAGCUUGCCCACCUAUAGCUCCAGCUAUAGCCAGCAUCUGGCACCCCUCAGUGCUUCCACCAGCCAUAUCAACCGUAUUGGCACCGCUGGCUAUAGUAGUGGCAGCAGCGGUGGGGGGUCAGGCUACCAGGAUCUGGGGACCUCUGACAGUGGGCGGGCUUCCAGUAAGAGUGGGUCGUCAUCAUCCAUGGGGCGGUCAGGCCACCUGGGAUCCGGGGAGGGCGGAAAUGGGGGCCUGCCAUUUGCAGCCUGUUCACCACCCUCGCCCAGUGCGCUGAUCCAGGAGCUGGAGGAGCGGCUGUGGGAGAAGGAGCAGGAGGUGGCAGCUCUGCGGCGCAGCCUGGAGCAGAGCGAGGCAGCCGUGGCCCAGGUGUUGGAGGAGCGGCAGAAGGCAUGGGAGCGGGAGCUAGCCGAGCUCCGGCAGGGCUGCAGUGGGAAGCUGCAGCAGGUGGCCCGCCGUGCCCAGCGUGCCCAGCAGGGCCUACAGCUGCAGGUGCUGCGGUUACAGCAGGACAAGAAACAGCUGCAGGAGGAGGCGGCCCAGCUGAUAAGGCAACGGGAAGAGCUGGAGGACAAGGUGGCCGUCUGUCAGAAGGAGCAGGCCGACUUCCUGCCCCGGAUGGAGGAAACUAAGUGGGAGGUGUGCCAGAAGGCCGGUGAGAUUUCCCUCCUGAAGCAACAACUGAAGGACUCUCAGGCCGAUGUGUCGCAGAAGUUGAGUGAGAUCGUGGGGCUGCGCUCACAGCUUCGGGAGGGUAGGGCCUCGCUCCGGGAGAAGGAGGAGCAGCUGCUCAGCUUGAGGGACUCCUUCGGCAGCAAACAGGCCAGCCUGGAGCUGAGUGAAGGCGAGCUGCCCCCUGCCUGCCUCAAGCCUGCGCUGACCCCCGUGGACCUGGUCGAGCCACAGGAGGCGCUGGCCUCCUGUGAGAGUGACGAGGCCAAGAUGCGCCGGCAGGCUGGCGUGGCGGCUGCCGCUUCUCUGGUUUCUGUUGAUGGGGAGGUGGAGGCUGGAGGAGAGGGUGGGACACGGGCCCUACGCAGGGAGGUGGGGAGAUUGCAGGCUGAGCUGGCUGCUGAGCGGCGUGCCCGUGAGCGCCAGGGUGCCAGCUUUGCGGAGGAGCGCCGGGUGUGGUUGGAGGAGAAGGAGAAGGUCAUUGAGUAUCAGAAACAGCUCCAGCUGAGUUAUGUGGAGAUGUAUCAGCGCAACCAGCAGCUGGAGCGGCGACUUCGGGAGCGUGGGGCAGCAGGGGGGUCCAGCACGCCUACUCCCCAGCAUGGAGAGGAAAAGAAAGCCUGGACCCCCUCCCGCCUGGAGCGCAUCGAGUCCACUGAAAUCUGAUUCUCUACGUGCACAACCUUCUGACACGUGCCCUGUCUGAAGGUCGGAGUCACCAAUGUCCCUUCCAUUCAUCUCCCUUCCCCACGUGUGCUGCACAUCCCCAGACCAAAGAGGUUCUCGAAGCAGCUGUGACCAGCCCCUCCCCCCACUUGUCCCCCGUCCUUGCAGCUCCAGCACUGCCUUUGUGGGUGACCACUCCAGACCCUCCUGCCAAGGAGAGCAUGGGAGAGGGCAGAGUACAAUGGGGUGAGGUCCCAGGCGCAUGGAGCAAGGCUCCCUUUCUGGGGAAGCCUCGUGUUGGAGAUAGAGGCAGCAGGCCUGCGUUGCCAGGGAGUACCCCAGCCCCUUUCCCUUCUUGGGCUGCUACCGCCGCCACCACCGUCACCACCAUCUGUCCAGUGCUACUGUCUGUGCCCUCCUAGGCCACACAGCCUGAGGGAGCUUGCAUGGGUCUGCCCGUGUCGACAGACCCUAGGCUCCCAGUCUCUCUCCUUCAUGUGCUAUUCUCCUUCCCCAGGCAGAUUGGCAGGGGAAGUGGGAGCAGAUGGCCUGCCUGUGGUUGAGAGGGCUACCUGCCCGACCCCUCCCCCACCAAGGUAUCUUGGGCUCCAGCCUCAGAGCCUGGACUAGUUCUGAGCAUGUGUCCCUCUGUGUAUAGUGAGGAAGUGAGAGCAGAGGCUGGAAACUCAAUCCCAAGGGGAGAUCUGCCUUCCUACCCUCGGGAAGGGUCACCUAGAGGCUUCUCAGCCCCACCCUCACCCUCUGGCCAGGAUCCUACAAGGCUACAUCCCCUGCUGCUUGGUUGACCCCCCCAAAUCCAGGGUCACUGCUCAGCUCUGCUUAUAGCUAUACCUGCCUCUUAGGUCUUCUGUUUGCCCGUUUCUGAGGUCAGAUGGAUGGAUGUCUGAUGUCUUCCUGUGUUUUCCCUCGAUCUCUCCCCUUGGCCUCCUUUCGCACUCACAUCUUCCCAGGCUGCCUUUUCUUCCAAGUUUCACCUUUCCUCCCAGCAGAAAGCUCUGCUUGGCUUUUGGUGCACUGCUCACCCCCAGCUCCACUGGCCCAAGUCUGAGCCUGGGGCCCUUGCUUUGAGGGGCCAGUCCGAGUUGGAUGGGACUGCCCUCAAGGAACAAGGCUAAUGUGUGUGUGUAUGUUAGAGAGAGAGAGAGAGAGAGAGAGAGAGAGAGAGAGAGAGAGAGAGAGAGAGAGAGAGAGAGAGAAAGAGAGAGAGAGAGAAAGAGAGAGAGGGAGGACUACUGACCCUUGGGUUGCUUGCCAGACUCUUGAGUUGGCUCAUUUGUCCGGGCAGGGUUGGCUGGUAUGGUCAUCAGUAUGGGUCGUGACAGUCAAUGUCACUUCCUUCUCUAGGAUCUCUCAGAUUCUAUCUCCCCAAGACAGGCAGGGAAAUUCUAAUUUCUCUCUUAAGAAAGUAAAUUUCCACUUCACCAGCAAUAACAAUCAGAGGAGACUUGGCCCUCAGUCCUUGUAUUUCUCUUUUUCACUCUCUCUUCCACCCCAAGAUGGAAUCUUGGGGACAGGAGGGAGAGGGUUGGUAACUACUGUGAGCAAGUCCCCCAAGCCCUGACCAGCCUCCUCCCAUGACUGGUGACUGUUUAACAAGCUGUGCAUCCCCCACAAAAAUAGGAGUGCCCUAUUUGUAGUCUCCACCUCUCUGCACAGCUCCUUCUGGGUGGUCCUCAGCAGGGUUUUGACCUUGAUUGGCGGCUACUCUGGCAACCACUGCCCAUUCUUCUAAUCCCUCACAAUACGUGAUUCAGACCCUGAGCCUGGUCCACAGUGACUGGGAAAAGGCAUUAACACAAAACAAAAGAGAUGGGGGGAGAGAAAAAUAUGAACAGCUUUGGAAUGUCCAACUGCAAAAUAAAUUAUAUAUAAAUAUAUAAAUAUAUAAAUAUAUAUAUCUACCAUA